UUGCUGACAGUACAAUGUACAGGGCCAACGAUGAAGAAGUGAUAACCCGAUCAGCACAAAGUAAGUGCAGUGAGAUUUACGGAUUGUUUGUUGAGUUCUGCCAAGCCCAGCCAGCCAGAACAAUGACACCACAGGCAGAUUUCUUGGACAAUGCUUGGUAGAACCAGGAAUGUCCGCCCAUCUAUGACGCCAAACGCCAUAUGCCAGCACUGCAUCCAAUACGUCACUCGGUGGUGACGAAAGACCCUUCCCAGCUUUAAGACUUCCAUGGGCAUUUUUAUUCGAGUUCUUUUGCUAAAUGGCCCAACUUCGAUAAAUCUGUUUCAGUUUCAGUGCCAUUGCAAUUAACCCUGUCGAACUCUUUUACCUGAACAGCAUAUAACUAGAUCGAGCAUGAAGCUGCAUCUAGCCUCCUGGCUGGUGUGCGCCCUCGCAACCGCUGAUGCGGUCGGGGCGUCUACUUGGUUUAGCAAAGCUGUGUAUAACAAGUGGCACGAGACUGAGCUAGAGCGCUGGCUCUCGGAUCAUGGUAUUCCGUACCCUUCUCCCGCUGAUCGCAAGAACCUCGAGAACGCGGUGAAGACGAACUGGGAUCUCAAGGUCCAAAAGCCACUUGGCCAACUCUCAGACCACGCUGGAGACCAUUGGGAAAACACCAAGGAAUGGGUCUUCGACACGUGGACUGACUCCCAGCUCAAAUCAUUCCUCGACCGGCAUGGCAUUCCCUCACCGCAGCCACGCAGGCGCGACACUCUUCUCAAGACAGCUCGUGAGAACUACGAGUCCGUUGCAAGGAAGCUGGACGAAGCCGCCCACUAUCCCGGAAACUGGUUGUAUGACCAAUGGAGCGACUCUGAUUUGAAGGUGUGGCUCGAUGAGCGCGGAUGGCCUGUCCCUCAACCUAGUUCACGGGAUCGGUUAAUCGCAGCUGUACGUCGUAACACGCGCUUGGCUAGUCUGCAAGCAAAGAGCAUCGCCGCCUCAGUGGUCCAUUCGGCCAAUGCUGCACAGGAAACCCUGAGCGAAGCCUUGUUCCAUGCUUGGUCCGACUCCGAUCUCAAGAGAUUCUUGGAUGAACAUGGUUUCCACGUUCCACAAGGUUCCCAGCGCAAUGAACUUAUUGCGUUGGCACGGAAGCAUCGCGCAGCUCUUGUCGAUCAGGCCUCUUCCGCUUCUUCUUCUGUUUCCUCAACAGCCUCUGACUACAUCGGCGCCGCAACAUCCAGGGCUGGCAACGAGUAUGCCCGAGCCACCGAUAACGCGGACUUGAAGUCUCAAGAAGCCUUCGACGCCGCCAUCGACGCCUGGUCUGACUCUCGCCUCAAAGCCUUCCUCGACGCUCGAGGCAUCCCUGUUCCCCAGAAGGGCAAGCGCGAUGAACUCGUCGCUAAGGUGAGGCUGAACAAGCACAAGGCUGCCACGGGCUGGACCGCUUGGACAUUUGACACCUGGGACACCGAAAAUCUAAAGAAGUACCUCUCUUCAGUGAAUUCGAAAAUCGCCAACCGCGCCGGAGUCAGGCGUGAUGAGCUCGUGAAUGAAGCGCGGGAAUCCUUCGACAAGGCCACAGCGGCCGGUGGCUCCCAACUCGCUUCUGCAACAUCUUACGUCAAGGAAGCUACCGGCAACGCAAAAGAUGCUACAUUUGAUACCUGGUCUCACUCGGACCUUAAGGAGUAUCUUGAUUCCUAUGGUGUCCCAGUUUAUCAAGGGUCUACCCUAAAUGAUCUGCGCGCCACUGCCCGGCGAAACGCCCACUGGUUCCGAUACGGUACUUCGACGCCUCAAGGAGCGUUGUAUGACAAGUUCAGCAACGCCGCGCAGUGGGUGCUGGACCAGCUGAAGAUUGGUGCUGCGAGUGGUAGGGCCCAGGGCCAAGAGGCGGCGGAGAAGUUGCAGCAUAAGGUUGAUGAGGAGGAAGAGAAGAUCCGUUCUGAACUGUGAAUGCGGACCUGGUCGUUAGUUUAGUAUGAUUGAACGAAUAUCGUUGUUUCUUUUGUAUCGUUGUUUCUUUUGUGUACACAAAGGUCUUAUAAUGUCGUGCUUUGGUUUUGCUUAAUAUCUUGGCUUGUAUUUUAAUGUCUGAAAUGUUAAAAUAUAUAAAACAGCCGGUGGAGUACGGUAUUGAUAGCAAGGUCGGAAUAUAUAUCCCGACACUGUACCUAAGGAUCGCAGCAGCAAGUUUGCGACAACAUUGGGAUUUCGGACCCAUUACAUUGCUU